AUGUCAACCGAAGAAGAUCUCCGAGAACAACUUCGCAGAGCUCUUGAGGAAGUUGAAGAAGCCAAGCGAGACUGUGAAAUCGCCACGCAACAGGCUCAUGAUGCUGAAAAACAUGCCCUUGAAAUCGCCGAGCAAGACCGUGAAAUCGCCGAGCGACAGGCUGAUGAUGCUGCAAAACAAGCUGAAAUCGCUAAGCAACGGUUUGAUGAUACUUUAAAACAUGCCCUUGAAAUUGCUGAGCGACAGGCUGUUGCCAACCGACAGGCUGAUGAUGCUAAAAAACGAGCUGAUAUUGCAGAACAGCACGAGCAGAAAACAACUCUUGCUGAGUAUCUUGAUCUUUGCCAUACCCAUAUUUUCCGAUCAAUAUCUGUUCAAACCAAAAAACCUCUCACAACUCAAGGAGGUGUCACAAGUCCAAAGGGCAAAUUGCGCCCAAAUCGACUUCGUCCAUGGAUUGAUUUUCUUUCGACCCAACAACAUACACAAGAGCAACUUCAAUUGAUAUAUACAGAUCAUAAUAAGAAAAGAAGCUUUGGAAGCUCAUCCUUUAUGAAAGGGCUUGGAGACAGAGUGGCAUUAAUAAAGAUAGCCACUGAGAGAGAUCUUGCCUAUAUUCAAAGCGAAAUCAUUGAGGAACCUGUUGCUUUGAUUAUCGGCCAUCUAAAGUCUCUCCAUUCUGUACGAAGCGAAUUUAACAUCGGUGAUGGGAUUUUCUUCGACAAUAAUCCUAAUACAUUGAGUGAUACAGAAGUGGAAGUUUCUCAACGACUUAAAAAUUUAGAACCGGUUACUCCAAAUCAUUCGACACCCUCAUUCAGCGGUUUACAAGCUGAUCAAAGAUGUGUUUAUACAACUGUGGAGGAUGGAAAUACACUUCGAAAUCUUGCUUUUGUAGUAGAACACAAAGCCCCUCACAAGCUCAAUCUUGCUAGUCUUCGCUUUGGCCUUCGAGAGAUGGACAUUAAAUCUGUCAUCGAUAGUUCGCCCCCAGCUACGCCAGCUAAAGUUAAGGGCAUUGAUAACCCAGAACUUUUUCAAUACCAUGCUGAUCGAUUAGUGGCAUCUGCAAUAACACAGACAUUUUCAUAUAUGAUUCAAGCAGGAAUGCAAUAUGCAUAUAUUACUACAGGCAUAGCCUUUGUUUUUCUUCACAUUCGACUCGAUGAUCCAGGAACCAUUUACUAUUAUUUAGUCGAACCAGGAAAUGAUGUAUUAGCACAAAAAGAAGCAGGUCAAAAAUUUGUGCAUCGUACAGCAGCCAGCCAGGUUUUGGCAUUUACCUUGCUAGCAUUGGAGUCGGAGGCAGGCAAUCAAAAGUGGAUCGAGGAUGCAAUAAACAUGCUCGAUAUCUGGAAAGUGGAUUAUGAGGCUAUUCUUCACGAAAUACCUGAUAGCGUACGAACAGCUCCACCAAGUUCGGAAUAUCGUCCAAAAACGUAUGUCCCGGCUGAGCAGUUCACCAUGGACCUUCGAAACAAAUCUGCCAACAGCACAUGCCGCCCUUAUACGUCCUCUAUCGACAAGGAUGAUCCGGAGUCUCCUGAUGCAUACGACCACGAGUCUCCUGAUACGCCUACUCGCUCCACGAAACGUCACAAUCAAAGUCGAAAGGAUGGUUCUAAAAACGCAAAUACUUCUGGAGAUGAAGCUCAAAGACGAUCUUUCUGUACACAACGUUGCUUACUUGGACUUGCGGAAAGGGGGAAUUUAGAUACGUCUUGCCCUAAUAUAUUGGAUCAUUACAAGACAAAUCACAGAAGCAAUCAACAUCAACUCAAUCGUGAAACAUUUCUCUCUCUUCUACAUCAACAGCUUGAACAAAAUCGAGAUGACGAUUGUUAUCCAUUGGGGAUACAAGGAGCUCGCGGCGCUUUGUUCAAAAUCACUUUAACAUCACAUGGCUAUACCGUAGUAGCAAAAGGAACUGUGAGAGCCUUUGCAAAAGAUCUUCGACACGAAUGCAAGAUAUAUGAACAUUUGAAAAAGAUUCAAGGUGUUUACAUACCAAUCUGUUUUGGAAGCAUAAAUCUUAUUCAUCCAUAUCAUUAUGAUAUUGGAGUCCAAAUAGUACAUAUGAUGAUUCUCUCAUGGGCCGGAGAAAGAUGGGACAAAUGCAAGGUUGUGAAAGAGAUGAGUCAGGAGUGUGUGAAUACCAUGGUGAUGCAAACAAUUCAACAAAUCCAUCAUGCUGGAAUAUUGCAUAGGGAUCUGCGGGCACCUAAUGUAUUUUGGAAUGCGGAGAUGAAACGGGUCAUGUUGAUUGACUUUGAGAGGUCGGAAAUUAUCCAAGCAGUAUCAAGCGAAAAGAGCGAUGAUAGUUCUAUCAUGUUGAAGUCUCAAGUGAGAGACCGAUUUGAAGAUGAAUUAUCAGUUGCAGAAUGGAAUUUGACCAGGAGAUAA